AUGCUUGCAACAAUCAUUGAUAGUGCUUUGGCGUCCGCUCGCUGGUUCAAAGCAGCCAAAGUUCCGCACGAUCAAUGGGCUAUGAAUUUUUCAUGGAUCGAUUUGACGCUCACUAUUCUAGCGAUUCUAAAUGGUAUGAUGAUGUUGCUGUAUAAACUUAAAAAUUUUUUCACAUCAAAGCGCAACUAA